AACAACUUUACCUGAUGUCCUGUCCAUGGAACUACAGAAGUGACCACUGCAAGUACGUGAGCAACUGCAAGCAGGCGGAGCAGCAAGGGGUCUCCGUGCUGCACGGUUCCAGGCGAAUGUUUUAUCAAGACAAAGAACCAGCUUUUGCAGCAAUUUUUGAGACUUUUGCAAAGUAUCGCCUUGGAGAUGAUCUGGAAUUCCAUUUUCUGAGAGUUCUAGAAGAUGCCCUGAGAGCAUCCAAGCCGUCCAACUGUGGCAAAAUGUCUUCCAUAUUCCUGCAGCAGCUUCAGAAAUUGCUAGACAGAAAUAAAGAGCUCCAUUUUAUGAUGGAACGAAAGUCUGAUCUGCCGGAGAAGUAA